AUGUCAGACGAUGAGUUCGGCGGCCCGGACGGUCCACCCGGCAGCGCCGGCGGAGACCGCGACAAGCGUGCACCGCGCUUCAGCUGGACACCCGCCUAUGAGGCUACCUUCUUCCGAUCUCUUUGCGACUCCGUCCAGCUAGGCUUGCGCGAGAACCACUCCUUCAAGGCCGAUGCCUGGGACCGCGCCGCCACCAGUCUACGCGAGAAACACGGCGCAUAUCCUACAAAGAGCCAUCUCGUGAACAAGUCAGAUAAUGCGCGAAAGAAAUUUCGUCUCUGGCGUGGCCUUCGCGAGGACCCCGAGUUCCUCUACAACCCGACCACUCGGACCGUCACCGCCUCCGAGGAGGCCUGGAAGGCGCACAUCGAGAAAGAGCCGUUGUCGCGCGCGUUGCGUGGUCGGCCGUUCGAUCAUGAGCAGUUCAUGGAGAUUCUGUAUCCUGAUGUCGUCGGUUCGGGUGGUGCACCUAAGCGUAUCAUGAAGCCGAAGCGAAAGGGCCCGGAUGUAAUUCAAGGAUCUGAAGACCCGGAUAUGCCGGGCACCGCAGUCCUCGAUCUUCAGGUUGAGCCGCCUUACCGACCCCCUUCGCAAUCGGGCAUUAACCAACAAGUACAGCCUCGCGGCUCCGUGAGCCAGUCUCCCGUAGCCCAAGUCCAACAACCCUUGAUACCCCAGCAGCAGCAGUCCCAGCAGCCGCAACAACAACAGCAGCAGCAGCAUCAGCAACCACAGCAGCAACAGCAACGGCCUACCUCCACCGCGAUUCCGCCAAGGACACACAUCGCAGGCACCAGCGCUCUGACGCCCCCCGAGGAAACUGCCACAGGACGUAAGAGAUUUCCUCAGCAAGCCUCGACAUCUGACACCGGCGGCAAGGCCCCGACGGCGCCUAUGGGGCCGCCAGCGCAACCAGCAGAGAAGCGCCGACGUGUCUCGGGCUACACGAACCCUGCGCAGGCAUCAGGGCCAGGCGCAUCAAAUAGCCACAGCAACGACGCGACGACGGCAUCCAUGGUCUCUGCCGGUAAACAGCUGAUGGAGGAUGGAUUGAUCAAGAUCGCCGACGCUCUCCGCGGCCGAAGCCCACCACGGUGGCCCGAGCAGGCGAUCGAUAUCUUCUUCCGUGAUUUUUCCGACGAAGAUAUGGACCUCCAACUCAAGAUUGCUGAAAAGGCUCUCGCGGAUGAUAAUAAGGCCAUGAUCUUUUGCAAGAUGUCUCCGGCGUUGCGCAAGCACUGGGUUAAGCGUCUGAGAGAGCUGCACAACAAUAGUCGCAACACGUAG